UCUAAUUCUCCUCUCGCCCGUCCUUCCUGUAGCAUUUACUUCGCACGUAUGAAAUAUGUCUCACAAUUCCGGAGGCGUCAGACACCAUUUUGUGACUCUAAUCGGAGUCGAAACGAUCAGAAGUGGAUAUUUUGUCCGUAUGAGUGUAGAUUUUCCAUCCAUCGAUGAAUAUCGUAUGAGGGAUCUAGACUUAGAUCUUGCCAGGAUGCAAAACUAUGAAUCGGAUCGAACAGGGAUAAAUAAGCCUUGCAUGAGUCGCACUCGCAUUCGUAACGGUGGUUCGCCCAAGUUAUACUUUGUAUCGUAGGGAAAUUAACCCUACAGUAUCUGUACUGUACAGUAACCCCGGGCCCAACAACACCGCUAAGCAUCCCCUGGUGGACCUGGUAACUUUCCUUCUUAAAGCUUAUUUUAUUUGGUUCUAGGCACCGAGCUUCCCUAGACUCCCCUCCUUUCUGCCCAUCUGAUAUUUCUUUGGUCUAUCCUAACUCUCACCACUUAGAAUACGAUAACAAAGUCAACACAAGAUGGGAAAACCAGUCAGCGCAGAACCUCCUAGGGAGACAGGAGAAGCGAAUAUCGAUUGGGAUGCACCACCUCAAUAUGAACAGCACUUCAGUGGGAAUGAUGGUCACAUCAGUACCUCCGUAUUGGGUAUUUACCAGCCACCCUACUAGAGACAAAUCGCGCCUCCAUAUCAUUGGCUUACAUUGUAUACGAACAGAUAAUGGUAGAAUUAGCAUGAUGUUUAAUGGCGAUUCGAAAUUAUUUCAAGACCAGUCACUACCCCCUUUACCAGAGUACGAAGCCGCAGCAAUUCCACUCUCCCAAAGCUUUGCUACACCAGAACGACCUUUUCCGCUAUUAAAUAUUGUCAUACAAAUUGUCGGUAGUCGAGGUGAGUUUUGUGGAAUGCAGAUGACAGUAUACGAGGGAAUUAAUUGGAACUAAUUGGAAUUGAAGGCGACGUCCAGCCUUUUGUGGCUUUAGGGCAAGAAUUGCAUGCGGUUGGUCACAGGGUCAGAAUAGCAACUCAUGAUGUUUUUGAAGAGUUUGUUACAAACUCUGGACUUGAAUUUUUCUCCAUCGGAGGAGACCCUGCAGAUUUAAUGGCUGUGAGUAAUGUAUUACCAAGCUCACUUAGUUUCUAAUGACUCAUAGUAUAUGGUAAAAAACCCCGGCAUAAUACCUAAAUUAGAAUCUGUUCGAACAGGCGAAAUUGGAAGAAAACGGAAAAUGAUUAAAGAAAUGUUAGAUGGUUGUUGGAGAUCUUGCCUCGACCCCGACCCAAAAACAAAUAUUCCAUUCGUCGCAGAAGCAAUUAUCGCGAACCCCCCAAGUUUCGCCCAUGUGCAUUGCGCUCAAGCUUUAGGUGUACCAGUUCAUCUUAUGUUCACGAUGCCAUGGACGGCUACGAGAGCAUUCCCUCAUCCAUUGGCAAAUAUUCAAUCUUCGAAUGCUGAUCCGAAGAUGAUAAAUUUCUUAUCUUAUGGGAUGGUGGAAAUGAUGACUUGGCAAGGGUGAAUAUCAUGAGUUACCCAGAUAGAGGAUUAUGCUAAAACUACAGAAGCUUAGGGUCUAUAAUCAAUUCCUGGAGGAAAACGUCACUGGAUCUGGAACCAGCACCUGUACUAUUCGACUCUCACUUGAUACAAACUGGGAAAGUGCCUUUCACAUAUUGCUGGUCACCAGCUCUUGUUGCGAAACCAGUAGAUUGGCCUGCAACUAUUGGUAAAUAUUCCGAUCUCAAUAUAUAAGAAAAUAUCCACUGACCAAAUCUAGAUGUCUGCGGCUUCUUCUUCCGAGAGACGCAACCGUAUACCCCACCUGCUGAACUGGAUGAUUUUAUCAAGGCCGGCACUGUACCAAUCUAUAUCGGCUUUGGGAGUAUCGUCAUGGAAGAUCCGACUGCGAUGACUGAAAUUAUAUUGGCGGCUGUGAGGGAAUGUGGAGUAAGAGCGAUCGUCUCAAAGGGGUGGAGUAGGCUCGGUACAGGAUUUGUAGAAACCGAGAAUAUUAUGUUCAUCGAUGAUUGCCCGCAUGGUAUGCAAAAGCCUAUCAUCUCAAAACUUUCUGUUUUCUCGGACUAAUUCGUUGCAAAAGAAUGGCUCUUUCAGCAAGUAAGUGCUGUGAUUCAUCACGGGGGGGCCGGAACAACGGCGUGUGGGUUACGCAAUGGACGACCUACGGGUAUAGUUCCUUUCUUCGGAGAGUUAGUAAUCCCAUAACCCUCCACUUCAAAACUUUCCCUAACAUCUCAUAUCCAGCCAACCAUUCUGGGCAAAGAUGGUACACGCAGCUGGUGCUGGUCCGCCCCCGAUUGAUAUUAAAAACAUCAAUGCCGAGAUCCUUUCCUCGGCCAUUAAAUUCCUUCUGUCUUCCGAAGCCAUUAAGGCAGUUGGGGUGAUUGCAGACAAGAUGCGGACUGAAGAAGGGGUCAAAGCGGCUGUUGACUCCUUCCACCGGAACCUAAGCGUGGCUGAUAUGAGUUGUUCAAUGCUCCCAGAAUCACCAGCGACUUGGACCUUAAAAACAAAGAAAGGGAAAGAAAAGGUCAAUUUGAGAUUGAGCCACAGAGCAGCCAGUGUUUUGGUGGAGGAGAAGAAAAUAGACGCUAAGGAUUUAAGAUUGUACGCAUGCUGAACAGCCCCCUCUUUCAUAGUCGCCAAUAGCACAACAGACCAUAAGCUAACAAGUCAUUCAUAGAUAUAAACCUAAACCAAUACAUCCGGAGAACCAGCGAUGGGAUCCUGUCACUGCUACCACCUCGGUGGCUCUUGAAUCGUUCAAAAAUGUCGGCUCGUCGAUUGGAAAUCUGGUUAAUCAGCCAGUUGCGGAGUACCGACGUGCACGAAGCGAUUUUCAUAGAUCCAAUACUUCUACAACUACGUCUUCUCAGCCUAUGUCACCUUCGCAAGCAUCAUUGCCUACAUACGCUGAAAGUGAACUUGGGCUAGUACGACAAGACUCUCUCAGUGCCCCUACUGAAGACGGAGCGAAUGUGAGUAGUGACACAAAGAGUAUAGGAGGGAAAUCGGACCAGACACAUAUUUCACAAAAGUCCCAUGCUGGGAGAGCAGCAGGUAAAGCAUUGGGAAGAGGGUUUGGCAAAGUGGGAAAUGCGUUUGUCAAAUCAGCAAUUGAUGUCCCCGUUGCUAUGGCAGACGGGCUGCACUCAGCUGUAAGUACCCAACGUUGUCUCCUUGUGGCCACAUUUCCCUCACUAUCUCCCAAUACCUCAAAGCUAAAUCUAUAUAGCCAAGGCUCUUCGGUGGAAAAUACCGCGAUCAUGGCCCUGUAACCGAUUGGAAAUCAGGCACCAUAGUAGGUGGUAAAUCUUUCGCGUAUGGCUUUUACGAUUUUUCCGUAAGUCUUUUCGCGGAACCUAUCAGAGGUGCGCGAGAUAAUGGGGCAAAAGGAUUCGUCACAGGAGUGGGCAAGGGAGUGGGGGGAUUAUUUACACAACCGGGUUACGCAAUAUUCGGUGCUGUAGGAUAUCCAGCUCUGGGGCUCUACAGGAGUCUCAACGCGAAUAAAGAUGAGGGGGCACAAGGGGCAAUUCUUCAUUCACAAAAGAAUUAUGGUGCUUGCUUUGCAGAAAGGCACCACGCCACAAGAGAAGAGGUCGCUCGGAUUGUUAAAAGAUAUCAAGAACUCAUGGGGAUCACUCGUCCGGAGGAUAUUGCGCUGACUCAAAGUCGUUUGAAUGCUUUACCUCAAGAUAUGGGUGGGAUUGAAAGUCGAUAUCCACGAGAAAGCAUGGUAUCUCAAGCACCAACCCUGAAAAAUCGAGGGCUUGAUAAUACUUCUGUCAGAGCAUCUGAAGCUCCCCUGGCCGAGCUAGAAAGUCCAUCUCCCAGAGGCGUAAUACCUGCCGGUUUCGAUGGUCUAGCCUCAAAUCCAAUCGAGAGUUGGCGUGCAUCUGUUCAAACGAACCCCCCACCGCCACCGAGCGUCAGGAGUGAUGCUUGGCAGCCAUCGUCGCCUCCUAGUAGCCAUUCAGAAAGUUCUUACCCAAAUGAUACAAAGAGACAACCACUAUCCAAUGACCAAGCAAGCGAUGGAAUCAUUCCCCAAAAUGCGGAUUACGCCGAGGCAUCUCCAGCCUAUGCAGAAACAGAGGCUUUAAGCGAGUUGGGUGAUGGUGCUGUCGGCGGGAGCGAAGUAGGUGCACCAUCAGACCUCUACUCAGUGAGCACCGCUCGACCUCGACCAGCCUUACAAAGUAUGGCGCCCCCAUACGAUUUAAAUGGCACUCCAUUAGUUUCGCCUCUGACCCCGGCACUGUUCCAACCAACAGUAGAAACAAUAAGCGAGCUGAGUGCUGGUGGCGAUGUUGAGAUACAAGCACCUUCAGACCCCUCCUCGGUUAGCACCCCUCACCCUCGACCAACCACUCCAACGCAAGGUAAUACGCCAUUAUUUUCACCCCUAUCUCCAGCCACAAGUGUAGAUAGCUCGGCGAGUGCAGAAACCACACUCACUGAACGCGAAUCGCGCGAACUAGCGAGGGCGAUGGAAGAGUCCUUGCAGGUGCGAGAUGAGUUGACUAUUGCCAUGGAAGAGUCUUUACAGACACGAGAUGAAAUAACGAUUGCAAUUCAAGAAUCCCUAGACACUGAGAAUGCGAUAAAGGAGCUGGAGGCUCGGGAUCUCGAGGCUGCGUUGGCGCUUUCUUCGAAAAGUUUUGAGUGGGGAGCCCCUUUGCCGGAGAGAUCAUGAUGUAUUUGGAUUUUUGGCGCAACAUGAAUGUGUAUU